GGUUACAAGCUACUCCACAAGACAACAUGUCUGAAGACGUCCUUGACCAGCAGGGAGCAGCAAGCGGUGAACUCCAAGGCCAAGAAAGUGUUGCAGAGCUGUCCAGUCUUCUGCGAUGCUUGUUGCGACAACAGUUGGAUCGCGAUGCCAAGGCGGAGGAGGACAGCAGACGGCAGGAGGACCGGUGGCAACGAAUCCAGCAUCAAUUCUCCAAGCUUGAACAACAAGUUCAACAGGACCGCUUUGAGAGUCAACAACGGAGGACAGAGUCUCACAGCCAUGCAACGCACGACAGCAAUGAGGUUGAACCACGGCAGUCAUCUACUGGAGGCCAACCCAGCAGUCCGGCAAGGUUCUCAGGUUGGGAAAGGCCCAAGAUGCAACCCUACAGUGAAGGUGAGGAUAUUGAACAUUAUUUGAUCACCUUUGAGAGAAUUGCUCAUGCCUGCCAGUGGCCUCAGGAAGAGUGGGCUCUACAUUUGGCCCCACUAUUGACUGGUAAAGCUCGUUCAGCAUAUGUGGCUAUGGAUAUCGAUGACACGUUGGACUAUGGAAAAGUGAAGUCUGCUGUGUUGCAGAAAUUUGAAAUCUGUGCAGAGACUUACAGAAGGAGAUUCCGGUCCAGUGUGCCAGGUGAAGAAGAGACUCCAAAAGAGCUGCAGGCCCGCCUAAAAGACUUGUAUGACAAGUGGAUGGCACCCAAGACGAAAACGAAGGAAGAAAUUGGGGACAUCAUCGUACUGGAGCAGUUCCUCAAAGUCCUGAAUCCUGAGCUCCGCACUUGGAUCAAGGAGAGGGACCCAAAGAGCUCAAAAGAAGCAGCGGAGCUGGCUGAAGCUUUUCUCGCUGCACGACGCAGAGACUAUCACCCAGUCAAGCCCCGCCCUCCCACCCCACCAACCGGCAAUUGA